AUGGUGGAGCUCUCUCUACGGUACAAGAGAGAAGAGGGGCGGCUCAUGGCCUUGAGAGAGGACGAGAGUAGGGAUGACAAUAGGUCGGAUAUGACAAUACCAUCCCCAUCCCCGCCCCUAUCCCCAGUGAAGAGUUUUUGCGAAAUCCCUGUCUCCAUUCCCGUAGGGGGGAUAUCGCCCAUCCCCGCCCCAAAUCCCCGAUUCUUGAGCUGGGAUCAACCUAACCAAAACCUACUCCAAAACCCAAGUCUCCAAAGGUGA